GGUUAUUGUAUAAAAUGUUUUGAAACGAAUAUAUCCAAAAAUUUUAGUUAGACAACAGAAAAAAACCUCCAAAAGGUUUUUACUGAUUUUGGCAGUAGAUUCACCAUCCUGAUUCGAUCACGAUGGACAGACAGCAAGAAGAGCCCACCCAAGAGUUUGGGGAUCUUGAGCAGUACUACGGUCAACUUACACCCUACGAUGUGAUGCGUAUGCAGAACUGCAAAUCGUCUCGAUUUGUAAAUAGAGAAACAUAUCCCAGCAUCAGGCCACCAGUGUCCAAGUGUAGUUUAAAUCAGACAAAGACGUGGUUGGCAGAUGCCGUUGAGAACAUUGGCUGCGUUCGACCUUUUGAAAACAUGCAUAAUGAUUAUCUACUCGAUGCCUGGAAGCAAAGCCCCAACAAGGAAACGCUCAGUUGUUACGGCUUGGGCUCAGAUGCAAUAGUUUUCAAUCAGGUGCUCCUCAAAUGUCUUAAUAAAGUCAAUGGUGUAGAACGGUGCAAGAAAUCAAAGAGCCCAAAAAAAAGCGAGAAGAAACGAGCCAAGCCGAAGGGUUCUUAUGUACUCAAUCGCAAUGUGCUGAAAUGUACCAUCAAUAAGAUGCCCACAGUCUUGAGCAAGACGAAUCCAAGCAAAGCCAAUACUAUACUGUACUGUCCGGAACCGGAAGAUCCCGAGAAUCCCUUCAUAGAAGAUGAACCCAUUAUUCCCCUACAGCGUGCCUUGGAUAUGGAAAAGCCCAUUCCAAAGCCCAAGCAUGGGCUCAGGCGCAGGCACAUGUACUGCGACCGCCAGUGUGGCAUUCCGCAGAACAAAUGCACCGACUACGAAUGGAGGAAAUACAAACAGAAUCCUAAGCCAUAUGAGGUGGCUUUCGAAUCAGAGAUGGCCGAGAUGGAGUGCCCAGAAGAGCCCGAGCCACAAACCUUCGACGAGCUUUACACAGAACUGAUCUCUUGUUUCCAGAAGACUGAGGUCCAGCAUCCCUCGUGCAAUGUUUACGAAAAAUGCUGUGCACGGCCCUCGGAGCGUCUGUCCGGGAUUCAGGGUUGUGGAGAAGAAAAAUUACCUAAAUCCUUUCCAUGCACUUGCUGACAGCCGAUGAUGGCAAGAGACAAGAUUGAUGAUAUUUAAUAUAUAUAUAUUACGCAUACGCACCUUUGGC